AUGUCUGGCAAAGCCGAGGUCCUAUCACUGCUUUUUCUGAUUAACAAGGCUACGCAGGACGCUCUGGCAGCAUACGACAACGGUGGCCACGACGUUCCCCUCCUUUCAUCAACCGAUGAGCAAUUGGUCCUCGCCUUGUCUGAGAACAUGCAGCUGAAGAAAGCCGUUCGUCUUCUGGAAGGCGCCUGCGACCAGCUCUGUGCUACGCUCGCGCCGCCAGCCCUCACUAUGGUCGACCGUUCUCAAGGACAUUAUGCUCAAUGCCUUCGUACAAUUUUGCGAGCAGGCGUAGCAGAUGUGCUGUACGACCAUCCUGUGGGAAUGCACGCCAGAGAUCUAGCGCCAUUGGUGAAGAUAGAACAGGGAAAGCUCAGUCGCAUCCUGAGGUGUCUGGCGACAAGACACUGCUUCCGCGAAGUCGCAAUCGAUAAAUACGCCCACAACCGGUUGUCCUUGAUGCUCCGCAAAAGCAAUCCGAUCAUGCAUUUAGCUGACGUCUAUCUGACCGACAUAGCUACCGGUGGAAACGUUCUCUAUGAGACGAUCACAGAUCCGCGGUGCAUGAAUUCGGAUGACCUCGCCAAGGCUCCUGUCAUGUACGCCGUCAAUGGACCAGAGAACGAAGGUGCCAUGUUCUUCGACUGGUUGCGAGCUAAUCCUGACAGGGAGGAGAACUUCAACUUUGGGAUGUCGGGCAUAGGCAUCCUAUUUGGCAGUCUCGCGUCGCUUGAAGAUUUCCCUUGGAAGAGCAUCUCAACAGUCUGCGAUAUUGGAUCCGGUGUCGGUGCCUACGCUAUACCUCUCGUUCGACAAUACCCGAACAUCACCUAUACCCUGUGUGACAUGCCUGCGACUGUUGACCAAGGUGAAGAGCUAUGGAGCAGCGAAUGCCCGGACAUUGUUCAGUCUGGGAGGGUACUGUUCUCCGUGCUCAACUUCCUCGAACAAGCCCCACCUCCUGGCCAGGAUGUCUACUAUAUGCGGGCGAUUCUGCACAGCUGGUCGGAUGACCAGGCAAUAUGCAUCCUGAAGAAGAUCCGACAAUCGAUGGGGCCUACAAGCCAGUUCUUCGUCCACGACUACGUGAUGCAACACUUGGUCCGCGAUGAAGAUGAGAGUCAACAGCUGUCCGUUGCGGCCCCCGAACCUAUGCUUCGCAAUUUCGGUGCUGGUAGAAUGCGGGCAUGUAAUCAAGACAUGACCAUGCUGAUAGCGUGCAACGCAAAAGAGCGCACACUUCAGGAGAUGUCAGCACUUGGGUAUCAGGCUGGGCUGCGCGUGGUGAAGGUUUGGGACCUUGCGGAAGCAUGUGUCGUGCAGUAUGAGAUCGCUAGUGCAUCUUGAAUGGAAGUCGAGGUGCUGGACGCAUGUAAAGGCAUCUCCCUGUCAAGCCCAGUAGCCGUCAUAUUUUUCAGAUUCGUGCAUGUGUCACUGGAAAAUGUAUACAGAGAUAGUCAAACCCAGGUAAAGCCUGCCAAGUGCGCCCGGUCGCGGUGUACAGGUGCGGAAAACGGGUGCCGUGUUACAUUCGAAGUCAUUGUGGCUUGUCGAUCAAUAUAAAGGGCCCGGACACAGAAGUGUGGCGACAACUGGCGUUCGGGCUGUGGAAUAAACUUGUCGUUCACAACAAAGUGAUCAGAACCGUAAGUCCACAGAGAGGGUAUCAGU